UUCAGUUAAAAUUCUACUAAAAUAAUUAGAUUUUUCGCUCGAGAUUUCUGUGAGUUGAUAGUUAAUUCGGCUUUCGGCUUCAUAAACUAUCACCUCAUAGCAAUCCCCAGCUCUAAACAGUUAGCGCGCGUAAUUUCUUAGGGCUGUUUUCUAAUUUUGCAUAGGCGAAUUAUGGGUAUGUCAAUACCUCCUAGGCCCCCUGCCCCAUAAACUUCUUAUUCAAGGUUUUGUUUUAUGAACAGUCUGUCAUUCAAAGCUUUGAAUUAUUGUCCGCAAACGUUCCCAAGAGGUACAAGAUACAGUUGUAUCGUCACGAUCACGCUGAGCGUGAAUUUCUGCACUCCCUGUUUGUCGCGCCUGUUAUGACUUGCUAUUAUUUUUUUAAUAAUUUUGCUUUUAUUAUUUUAUCACAGAGACAAGAAAAACAGCGAGGUCUAAUCAAAUUAAAAGAGCAUCAGGCACCGUCGCAGGACUCCUAACACUUAUUGUUAUUGUUAUUGCUCUGAUUGUUAUGGUUUUCGUGCGGAAUCGCUAUCUCCGUGAUAAAAGAAUGACAUCCGAUCCAGUUUUUUCUUCAAGGUCUCCUCUUCUCUCCCUUAAAAUGAGUGAAACCUUGGUUCAGAUAGAAAAUGAGGCGGGUCAGGAUUCACCAAGCUGCAAAAACGAAACUCUGCACAGUCACCUUCCCACGUCAGUUCCCAAAUACAUUACAAAAUUAGAGGCCACAUUCACUAGUACUGGUGGAGAGUUGAGUGCACCAUUGGACUCAAACGUACGCAUAAUCGUUCCUAGAGGUGCGAUUCCCGCUGGAAUAAACCAACAGGUCUUCUUUGGAGUGUUCUCAGACGACACACCAUUGUUACAGGGUUUCCCGGAAGCACCCGAUAAGACUCUUAUUUCUCCCGUGGUUGAAUGCGGGCCUCAUGACAUCCAGCUGUCAAAGCCAGUCGAAAUUAUCGUUCCGCAUUGCCUCUGCUUAAGGGAAGCUAAAAAGGAAGCGAUAACUCUCUACAGAUGUGGCAAUUUGGCUGCUGAAUUCGAAGGUAAUGGUAGUUUGUUUUUUUGUUUUUUCCCCGGGGGUCUUCGUUUCUUAAUUAGACACGAGAAGUGAUACCUCUCACAAAGAGAAUAACCUCCCUUGAUACCAAACGCAGACCUAGAGAUUACUUGCACAGGGAAAGGCAUAGGUGUAGACAUAAGUAUAAACAUAGGGGCAUAAAAAUUUUAAGUUAUGAGUUAUGUUUAGGCACCAUACAACGACAUAGGCAUUGUCAUAGGGAUUAGGCGUGGGCACAGCCACAUUACCAUGGCUUGUAGUUGAUCGUUGUUAACAGGAAAUCAUAGUCCAUCUAAUGUCUGUACCAGGUUGAUUAAGCUGGGAGAGAGUGCCUAGUAAAUCGGAGAAAAACAGUCAGUGCAAGUCUUGGUUUACAGUGGGAAAAGACUGUGUUCGCAUAAAAACCGAGACUUUUUCACUCUGGAGCAUAUUUGCUUGUGGCGGGCCAAGGAGAAAGAGAGCAACAGUUUUUUCCAGCAGACCGGAUCCCAAAAGCGACCUUAUCUACUUACGAUUCUACGUGUACAGUGAUAACGAGGAUUCUAAGAAGCGCGUGGAGUUGAAAGAUAGAGAACGGUU